UAGUAUCCAGACAGUAACUUGGUCCAUCAUCAGUGUAAAAGAGGUUACUAUCCACCAAGUUACUGUCCGAAACAUCUUCUGAUUAUGAGUUUAGUUAUAUGGCAGUCGGGAAGUUUAAUAUAUAGAGUUCGUUAUACGAACAUGAAACGUGAGCGCCGACCCAUUUUCGUUAUUUUAUUCCAACUUUUUAACUUAUCAUACCCAUAAUAAUUUGUGUGAAUAAGUUUCGUAAAUUAGGCGGACCUUCAUUUUAAAUCAUGAUUAGAUUUGGUUGGCGUCAUUUAUAAGGUAUGAAUAGUUAGGAUGAGUUGCAUGGAAGUUUUGUUUCAACCAAUCACCCAACUCGACCACGGGCGACAGUUCAACCAGAAUCUGACGAAAUAUAUGGAUAUAUCGGGAACUGCUAGACACAUCCGCGGAGAAAUGGAACCCUCAUUCCCCGCCAAACAUUUCCCCGAUUACUCGAUGUCGGGGGCAAGUGGUCGGGAUGAAGCACAAAGUUGGGGAAAUGAAACAACUGAAAAUAACGAAGCUUCAUCCAUCACUACCCGCCCACUGUCACCUGAUACAUCGGGAUUCCAACGAUCAACCUGCCGGCUUAGGAAGAUGAAAUCCCGGUCGAUGCAUCACAUAAGUUCCCGAUGUGUGAUGUUUAAUUACUUCGACGGUGAAACAAGCAACGAAGUUGACGAACAUUUCACGCGCGCACUCAACCAUGAUAAUAAAUCAACCCCGAAAGACGACAGCUCGCCGAUGAUUCGUCGAAACUUCCCGCCAAGUUUCUGGGAUUCAAAUUACAAACCACCAAUCAAAACCACCCGAAGUUUCUCUGCUAAUGACGUCAUCCGUGGUAUGACGUCAUCAAUCAAUCAAACUUCGUCAAUGAUGUUUUUACCUUCUCACCCCACAACCAUAUUUGGUUCGUUUCCCCCGACCUUUGACCCUUACCCCUCAAUACAGGGGGGUUUCCCAGGUGACCCAUGGCAACCCUACAACUUUCGUUUACCACCAACACCAUCAUACCCCAACCGUAACCUCCCUAAUAUAUACGGGCUCUCUGCUGCUGCACUAGCGGCCACGCAGAGCAGAUACUCACUUAUGAUGCCACCGGUAGCUGGCGCUAGACAGCCACCUACAUCGUUGAUGACGUCACGAGCUGAUGACGUAGGAAGGGAGGGCUUGUGGCCAGUUUCAAGGUAUUCGGGAAUUCGAUUUUAAAUUUUAUUUUUAAAGUUCCAAAGAUAAGAAGAUGAUUGUUACGAAACAAGGACUUGAUGAUUAUGACGUAACAAUCGAUUAAAUUCGAGUAUUUUUAAUCAUUUUUUCAUUGAUGAGGUUCCGUGUGUGUUAGUUGUCUUCUAUUAAAAAUAAAUAAUAAUAAUAAAAGAUGUCCAUUGUUUGUGUUGUAAACGUAACAGAACAAAUAUUUUAUCACAAUACAAGUUGUCUCACUCUCGAA